ACACUAUCGGUCACAAUAGAUAAGUCAACCUGUUGCAAUUUUUUCGAUACUGUAACUGUAAAAGUUUGUUUGUACUCCUGGAGUAAGUCUAUGAUAAUAGAUAUGAUAAUAAUGAUCGCUCAACAAAUAUAAUGUCAGAACAUUUUGAAAAAGAAAACACCAUGGAGGCAAUGUAUGAGGAUGUUAAAAUUAAAAUACAGGAAAUAACCGAACAAUUUGGAGUUUCGUUUGUGCUUUCAUCCAGACUAGGACACCAUGGUACUUGCGAGCUCGAGCCAGCUGUACAGAAAGAAGUGGAGGAGGCAAUACGAAAAUGCGACGAUGAAUUACUCAAAUCAGCCAGAUUAUUACGCACAAUAGUAACAAAUCUUGUUGCUGGCAAAGGAAAAAAGAAAUACAGACCCGGUAAUGAACCAGAGUGGUGGCUCCAGACAGGGAUCCCGUUUAUAUGCCCAUGGAAGGGAUGUAGGUCGAUUAUAGUUUUGUCUCUUAGAAUGUUUCUUGACAUGCGUAUUGUGUUAAUGUCUUACCUUUAA